AUGGCAUCGCCUUCUUGCAACACCCACUGUGAUCCUUUGCUCGUCCCAGAUGGUUAUGAUUACACUUGGGUAGACUUCAACUAUUCACAAUUCACCCCUCCUGUCUACCAAUCAACUACCUCUACACUGGCGCAGCCAUCUAGGGUAUCUGCGGAUCCUCUCCCAUAUACCUAUCCCGUACAGCAUCCUGUCGCAUCCGUGGUGCCUAGCUUCGCUGUGUCUUCUGGCUCGCCCUCGACUUGUUGCGGUAUAUGUCGCCUCAAUCAAAAUGCCAUACAUCAACCUCCAAUCGAGAAUGACCGUGCAGCUACCGCCCUCGGGGACCCGGCGACAGGCUAUCUCGGCCCCAGGCACGACAUCGCUUGCGCCAAUUUUCCAGCAUCUGCUUCACCUGUCCCAAGGGCACCUCAGGUCAAAUCUACCAGCGGUAGCUAUACCAAGGGAAAGAGACCUUCUGGUCGUACCCAAGGACGCCAGCGGAAACAGGAGUGA